AUGAUUACCAGCGCUACCCCAUCCCUGGCAGCGAGAGCCACGAUGUCGGCGCACGAGACGACCCCCGGGCACGCCGCCUCCACGGCCGCCUUAGCGGUGUCUAUCACGUCGAACCCGUCGAGGCUUAGGUUGGGCAUCGCGUCCUUCUCGGCGAGAUGGCCCUUGGUGGAGUUGAGCAGCACCGAGCCGUCGCAACCCUAG